AGCGGCCUGGCCGGGUACGAGCCCCGAGGUCCCGGCCCAGGGAAGGCAAUCUCGGAACGUUUUGCCUGUUUAUACAAAGAAGUAGCUUUCCUCCCCCCCCCCCCCCCCAUUUUUUUUUCUUCUUUUUUCAGCUGCUGCAUAUCUGUCCUGUGAGUCGACUUGAGCUGGGAGUAAAGCGGAGCUGGGGAAUGGUCUCAUGGCUGACUUCUUUUCCUGACUCACUAAUCUCCCGUCCCCUCCAGAUUAGUUGACUGUAGCUGGGGAGAGCAGAGGCUUUGGAGUUCUGUGUCAGACAGUUGCAGUUGAUGUUAGGAAAUUUAUGGGGUCAUGUGUACCCAUAGAGUUAGUAAGACAAAACCUACCGUGUAUAUAUAUGGCUGUCAAGGAUUUACUGUUUGUGAGGAGCCAUGUCCAGGGAGUGAGAAAAAGGUUAACUAAAACAUCUUGUUCAAGAGCUUUCUCAGAGCAUGAGCAUAAAGUCUUUGUUCUCUCUCACCCAUGUUCUCUUCAGGUACUCUUCCAGUGGAUUUCCUGUGGGCUUAGUCUUAGAUGUGUUGAAUGCUUCAAACACAGGGCCUAUCAGAGCAGCUGAGAGCUCCUCUCAAUCUUUGGGUGUAAAAAAGAUAGGAAGAAAUGUGAAUGCCUCCAGGCCUCGUACCUCACGCUGCCUGACUGUAAAGCAGUAUAGUCCAAUUUAGAUUCCCAGUCUCACCCUUAGUUCGCACUCUGCUAUUUGGAAUCUGCAGUCUUCUUAUCUUUAUUGCUAUUGUUUGUAUGUGGAUACAGUAACUUGUGUUAUGGGAGUUUAUCUGCAUCUGUAAUUACAGGUAUUUUUGGAAGAGAGUUUUGUACAUCCCUUUGCACAGAUAAGGUAAGAAAGAAGCACCCCUUUUUCCUUGGGAUGCUACUGGUAGUGCUUGUUGAACUGUUGUGCUUAACAGUGAGUAGUCCUGAUCAUUGUCGUGAGUUUAGUGGAUUGUGACUUGGAAGCAGAAGUGGGGAGAAACUUUCUUGUCUAUUUUCUGUGCUUUCACAACCAGUAUCAUCCUGAAAUAGGUGCUGUUUACCGCAGGAACUCUAGGUGUCAUGGAGAACAGCUGCCCAGUAGCUGCUGCCUAAAUCUUAGUCAUGGAUGUCUUUAAGUUCCCUUCUUUUGCAUACCCUAUUAUUACUCUAACUUGUAAAUUUCAUCAAGCUUAAGGAAAACAGUAUGGAAGUACGUUGGCAGGAGCUUGGAAACUUUAUUGCCACAAGUACUUUAUUGCUUUGUACCUCUAGUUAGCCAGAUCACAGAGAGUAUGUACCUAUUUUUAACAUGGAAUCAGUGUGCUAAGACUGUAUGGAGAGAUGCUGGAUUUGGGUCCAAAUAAGGUUGAUUCAGUGUGUGUAUGACUCAGGAAUAUUAUAAACUUUUAUUUUAUGUUUUUCUGUCUUCACAUUAUAUCUCCAUCUGCUUUAGAGACCCCGUAACACAACAGAUUCAUGUUUCAUUUGAAAAAUUUCUUAACUAAACAGUGAAAAAGAAAUACUUCUGAACUUUGAAGGCCAUUCUGUUUUAGUAGUGUGAUAGCUUCCUUGGGACCUUUAAAGUUUUUUUUCCCCAUCAGCUGCAUAAUCUGCUUGAGAUCCAACUCAUUUCUUCCACAAAGGCAGGAUCUUUUCUCUCUUCUCUGGGAAGCUCUUCUUCCUAGCUGAGCUUCAUAUUAAUCACGCUUGGUGUACUCUGCUUGGCACAGUGUUCAGUAAUCCAGGCAGUGAUUUACAGUGUUGCAGCUGUGCAGUGUAUCUGCACAGGGCGGAACACUGUCAUCUCAUCUUUGUUAGGGUGACAUUUAUCUUUUGGAAAAGUAUAUUCAUCACAUCAUCCUAAUAUCAGUGUAUCUUGUGGCUCGGCAAAAUCGGCUGUGGCAAAGAAGUCACAAAGAGUAAUUGGGAACUCUUCAAGUCUUCAAAGUCCUGACACCACAGACAUAGUUCACUUGCUACAUAUUUUAAACAGGAAUAUUUAUGUUCACCUGGAGAAGGGGUUCGAGUUCCAGGUCCCUUUAGAUGGUGUCCAUGUUUCUGUGAAAUCGUAUACAAGUUUGCUGGUGAAAUUAGUUUAAAAGACCCUGAAAGUAUUUAUGAUUUUUUUCUUUUCUAAGCACAAGAGUUUCUGUUUGGUUUAGGUAACCUGGUACUUUAUUCUAGUGAAGAAUAGUGUUUUCUUUUGAUAACACUGCUUGUUCUGUUUCAAUAUAGCUUCAUACAAUUAAUUUAUGUUUGCUCCAUGGAUUCAUCAGUGCUGCAUCUAACACUAGAGAUGUUGGAGCUAAGCUCCCACCAGAGGAAACUAUUUGCCUGAAGCCUUUGUAAAGAAAUGGGAAGAAUUGCUUUGAUAGUGUUAGCAGUUCUUAGUUUUGGAGAGCAAAUCCUGGGGAAGGAGAAUGAGAUGUGGCCUCCUCCAGGUGAGCUGCCAGAAUUCAGGAAGGAACACUGGUCCAUUGUCUGGAGCAUGCUGGGCUGGUUGGACACUGACUUGUGCUGGUCUUGGAGAGGGGAGAAAUGGGCUGAGUGUCACCAAUGUUCAGGAAAGGGAGUUCGAAUGGGGGAGUGCUGGCUCAGUAUGGGGCAUUUCAUGGCUGCCUGCUGGAAAAGCAACAACUUGCAUUCCUUCUUUCCCCUCCAACUCUGUGCUGCCAUCCAGUGUUGCCACUAUGGUUUAUUGUGAUGAUGGGCAGGAAAGGGAAGAGGAAAAAAAAACGUGCUGAGCAAGUAUGUCUGGCCUGAGAAGUAUGUAUUUUACCCUGAGGGGUGUUGGGGAGUGCAGGGAAAAAGCUUGAGAAUGCUGCUGAACUAAAUUAUGUAGCAAAAGGAAGAUCCUUUCCAUUUGAUCAGAGUAUCACCUUUUUUCUUUUCUUUUUUUUUUUUUUUCCAGACUGGCAAACCCCCCAAAUUCUGCUGUUUUAUGCUGUUAGUUCUAAAAUAUUUAUCAGCACCAGACCCAUGCCUGACUUUCUGUAUUAAAGCUGCUAAAUUCCUCACAGUUCUCUUGUAUUAUUCUUCCCCAGACAUUAAGACUAGUUUGAUUUAAAAAAAAAAUAAAAUUAAUUCUAUCUUUAAAUUUGUUCUGGCUUAUCCUUCUUCUGAACACCUCCCAGUGUUAUCAUAAAAGCAUGUUAUAACAACUAGAGCAAGUAGAGUAAAUCCAAUACUUUAGGUGUGUUUUACGUGGGACUUUAGCAUAUAUCUGCAUUCAGCUAACACUGGGCCUUUUUAUUUUUCUUUUUCUUGAAACCCCAUUCCAUCUCUGGGGAAGGUAGUUUUUAUUUUAUUGUUUAUGUAGGAUGUGUAGAGAAUUUAAGAAAUGCACAUGGGAUUAUGGAGAGUUGAAUAAUACCUUCAGAAACUCUCAGAAUGGAUUUCCUGCAUUUAAAAUUCUGCUGUUUAGGUAUUGUGUUAAAUAUGUAACUCUUAGGUGAUCUCUCUUUUCCGCUUUUAAGAACAGAUGUGCAAGUUAGUGGACAAACAUUUGGAAUUCACUGCAACUCUUUUCAAGAUGGUUUUUCUUUGGAAGAUAUGAUGUCUGCUUUGAAAUUUCAGUGGUGUCUUUUUUCUUAAAGGAGAAUUCCUAGUAAGAGAUUCUAUUCUGUCCACAAUACUAAUGCUUCUUAUUAGACACAGAGAAUCAGAUCUCCCUGUACAAUCUGUUUAGGAUCAUUUAUUGUAAAGCACUGACUUCUUUGAAACAAAUAACAGUCUUUGCACUGGCAUUGGUGAAAACAAAUAAGAGGCAGCAGGACUGUGACUUGCACUUACACAGUCAGCAACUGGAAAAAUGCCAGGUUCUAAAAGUAACUUGGUAUCUUCACAUGAGGAUGUUAUAAAUGAUACGUCAGACUUGAGUGAAAUUAAAAUUUCGGAUGAAAAAGGAUCCGUUGCAAAAAGAACAGUGGCUCUAACUGAGAAGGAUGGCUAUCCCGACUCCGUGUACAUGAAUGCAGCUAAGAUUUUUCAAGGCAUUCGUACUGAAAAGAGUAAGGAUAAAAUGCUAGUGCGGUACGGCGAUAACUCAGAAUCUCCCAUGCUGGCUUUUAAAGAUGAGCAUUCCAGGCGUGUAUCUUAUGAACUGGCUUUCAGUGCUCUAAAAUAUCAAGAUCUUCUUGAAGAAAUAUUGUUAGAUAGUGGUGUUUACCCAUGCCAGUCAAUACCAGAUGAGUUAACCAGCUUGCUUGUUGUGAUGCUUUAUGACCUACAAGACCGAAAGUUUGAAGCACGAAAGAUUUUUCAUGAAGAGGAACCUGUAGAAGAAGUCCAGGAAAUAGGGCAUUAUUUAUAUAGUCGUAGGACCAAAGCGGCAGCUGCACUGGCACGAUGUCGCAUUAAAUACGAUGCUCUUUCAAUUGAACACUUUGUACCAGAAACCAUAUGGAAGCAGGAACAAAGAGUUUCUGCUUUACCUUUCUAUGUUUGGAUAAACACAUUUAAAAUAAGCCUUGAAGAUGUUAUCAGAGAUUUGGAGACGAAGGGACUCACAAAGGUUGAAUCUGUGUCAGACUUUGACCAUUAUACGUAUGCCAUGGACCAACAUUGCCAUGAUGUAUUGGUUUUUCCUUCCUCUCUUAAAGAAGAAUUGCUUAAUUUAGAUCUUUUUGCAGAUUGCAAACUCUUACUGCAGGAUAAGUCUCGCAGCCUUGCAGUACACUCUGCACAGGCGCUGUUGAAUGCAGGUGAUGACAUUAUAGUGGCUCACACAGGUUCCUAUCUGACCAUUGCCCAUAUGUCAGUGCUGACAAAUCAUGGCAUGUCCACAAUUUUCGUUUGUGGUGUGAAAUCUUCAGCAAAAGAAGAAGAACUGAGGAAUAUUUUCAGUCAUAUGGGAUGUGAAAAUAUUCGGUUGUUGCAUGAAGACUUUACUGAGCUUGAACCAACAGACCGAAGACUUCAAAAGGCAACAGUUAUUUUGCUGCUACCACAAUGCUCUGGACUGGGUGCUGGCAAUCCAAUGGAGUUUAUUUUAAGUGAACACAGAGAUGCAGGGUUGCUACGAGACCUUUUCCAGGGAUUUGUGUCUGAGGAUAAACUCGGUAUUCUUGCUGAGAGGCAGCUUAACGAGUUGAUUCAUGCACUGAAAUUUAACAAAGUACAAGCUAUUGUUUACUGCACUUGUUCAGUUUACCCACAAGAAAAUGAACUAGUAGUGAAAAAAGCACUGGAAUCUGCAGUGGAAGGAGAUAAAGGACAACCAUAUAGGCUUAUUCCUCCCGUUUUUUCUACUUGCUCCAAUUCAGAGGCUUCCACUGAAAUUUUUUUCAAAAUGGAGCCAUCAGAAAUUUCCAGUGGCUGUUUUGUAGCUGUUCUAGAAAGAGAGAAAUAUUCUUCUAAAAAAGUGCCUGCUAAAGACAUUUUGGCUUAUGCUGCAGAAAAAGGACUACUAGAUAGCAUUUCUGAAGAAAAACCAAAAGAAGAGAAAAAGCAGAAAGUAAAACGACGUAAACGUAAUGUUACUGGUACUGAUAGAAAGCCAAAGGCUGCAGAGCCCCUUCACCAUCAAACUGGAGCUCAUGUUAAGGCUGAAGUUCCUGUGUCUAAAGCAGUCAGUGACACACAACAAAAGCAUAACGUGCACCAAACAAACAGCCACGUUCAGCUGAAGAAAUCUGCCAACCCUGAUUCACACACAGCUGUGCCUGAAGUGCCAAAGAGUACAUGUCAUUUGUCCCCUCUGGGCAAGGUGUCUGAGAGAGAGACCUCCUCGAAGGGCACGUGCAAGACAUAACGGGGUUAUAUUGAAGCCUGAGAAAAUCACUUUGUCUCCAGAGUGAUAACACCAUAGGAAAGUUUGCAAGGAAACAAACUCAGGGUAUCAAGUCACCAUCACUUUCAUAGCCAGACUGGAGCACAGGGUCCAAGUGGUUGAAUAUUUCCACCACCCCUGUCUAAAAUGGUCAAGCCAACUGUGCUUAAACAUCUCUGACCAUGGGAACCUUCAAACUUGGCUCUUCCUUUAUACAGAAGGUAAAGAUUCCUGUAUAUUAAUCAAUACUCUUUGAUUACAGUAUAUAUUUAUGCAGGAUAAUCUUGGUGUGGGAAAGAGCUAUGUUAUGGCUAUUUGUGUAGAAAUCUCCAGGUUAUAUAGUAAUUUUUAAUCCACUAAUCACACUUUAAAGUGAAUGAAGCUCAGCUGCCUAAGGCUGAUAGACUGUUGCGAGGAGUGAGGUCAAAAAACUGUAAUCUCUUGCUAUACACUUUAAAUUGACAAGUUAAAUCACACAUCUGACCCCCCAUCAUGGCCUAGUUCUGUAAGAGUAAUCAAUUUCAAAUGGAUAUUUUUUUUAAGUGAGACUGCAUUUUUUAAGUGGCUACUUUUCUUUACAAGUGCUAGGUACCAUUUUUGCGAGUUUCCACUUUGAUGCUUUGCACAGUAAGCUCGUUAGCUCACCUUUAUUUCUAAAACUAGAUGUGAACUUUUGUACAGGAAACUGGCCAAGUAUACUAAGGGCCAUGCACAGGCUUUCUCGUACUUACUCCCUUGGUUUCUACUCAAGUGUACUUCAAAAUAUUAACAAUGAAAAAUGGAUAAAAUAUUCUCAUGUUAGAAAUGCUGAACUGUCAUCAUAAUGUCAUGUCAGACUAUGUCAUGGCUCAUAAUUGCUCCUGAUCAAUUUCUUAAAAGAAAAAGAGCUGAUACUGUCAAAACAACUUACAUUUAUAAACCUUACUGCUAGUCAGCUGAAUAAUGACUGAACACAGAGUAGUUUGCCUGUCUUUGGAAACAGUCAUGGGCUUCUAAGCUGCUCCCUCUUCCCAGCAAAGAUUAAAUAACUGUAAAAUAGCUACGGUUGUUUUAUCAUCUAAGCAGAGCAUAAAGGGAGACACAAAGAUACUUUUAACAAUAAUCUGAUUUGUGUUUAGGAGUUUUCUAAAAAUGAAACAGCACAGCAAUAUAGAAAGGCAAAGGUAGCUGUGGCCCAGAAGAGAAAUUUUCCUCUAGGCAACCAUUUAAGAUACUUGGCAAGAGUGUUGCCAUGAGCAGCAACAAAAUGUAGUAUGGAAUCUUAAUUGAUUUGACAAAUGGGUCUGGAUUUAGAUCGAUCCAGAGAAAAUGUUUUAACAUCUCUACUUUUUCUUCACCCACACCAGUCAGUGUCGCUGGAUCAGCAGUACCUUUAUAAGAAAGGAUGUGAAUGAUACUCCACCAGCAACAUAAACAGCUGGCUCGUGUUCACUGGAUAUUGUUGCUUCACUGAAUCACUGAAAAUUUCUUUUAGCAUUUUAAUCUGAGCCAGCUCUCCUAGGCAAAGACAUCCCAUACCUCCUGCAUAUCCCUGGGAGCAACCCAUGGUCCUUACCCAUUCCAUUUACAUAGUGAAUUCUGCUCUUGUUUUUGAGCAAACCUGUAAGGAUAGAUUUAGACCUGUGCACCACAAUAUGUAGAACUGGAAAAAAAGAAAUUCUUAUUUCAAAACCAUCUAGGAGGAGGAGAGAUUCCACAUGUUGGACAGUGGGAAUGGACACUAAGAAGAUUUAAUUUUUUUUUCCUUCCUGUAUGGUUGUUAAAUGGUUAAAAUAAACUUAAGAGAUUCUGUGGUUAGAGAAUGAUUUUUUUUUAAAUCAAGAUCUGUAUCAUUCAUUAUUAAAGUUAAAAUUACUUGUAAAAGAACAUACAUGUAUGUGUCUGAUGACAGAAUUUCUGGGCUACUUAUGUAAUACAUGUCAUGAUGUCCCACAAUCAGCCUCAUCUUGCUUUCAGAAUUUGCAUUUUUGAAAUGGUAUGGAAGCUAAACCAGUUAGAAUCUUGAUGUCUUACUAAGAAUAUCAGAGAGUGAAUAUUUUGACUCUGCAGAUCAGCAGCUUUGUAAGCACUGAGCUUCACUUGGUGGAAACAUCUGGGACUGAGUCCAGAUGGCUUGUAGAUGCUUGUACAUUAAGUUAACACUCAAUGACUUUUUACAGUAAAACUGUAUCUUAUGUAACUGUUUUUCAGUAGUCCAGUUGUCCCAGUUUGUAAUUUUCAACUAGAAACUGUUGAUUCAACUUUCCAGAUGCAAAAGUCUCCAUUUUAUUGCUAUUACCUCUAAAGCCACCACUUUGUUUUUCCCGUCCUUCAACCACCAUUUGGAACAAAAAAAUAAUUUCCCAAUUUCAUGGAGCAGUCACAGUUGAGACAAUCACUUUAUGCAGCUAAAUUUAUUCUCAGAACAGAUUACAUUUAAAUGUGGAGAAGUGGCCAACAGCAGGGAAAAUUGUCCUUUUCUGUGUCAGUCAGGUGCUUUACGUAAGACUGGGCUCUCCUAAUAAACAGUGGAUGUGUUUCCUUCUUUCUUA